AUGGUGGUUGCUGGCCUUAAAUUCGUGGGCUGUGAAACGCGUCUCGCGGUGCUUUACCUCUUUCGUUUGGAUGCCAGGAUUUCAUUGUUGAUCCGAGGAACACACGGCGGAGACAAGGUGAGAAGAUUUCCUAGCUCGGAGUGCACACUCUCAUUGUGCGAAAUAUUUUCUGAUUUCGGGUACUUGUUGCCAGAUACAACUUUUCCGGCGGAUAUCCUCACUUCAUUUAGUAUCGAGCUCCAAGCACUUUUAGACACUCCUUUGUAUGGAUCCUUUCGCUGGCAAGCCGAGAACUUAAAAAGCAGGACUACACCAUUUUCCCCUUCUUCCUUUCAACAGCUGCUGAACAACAAGAACAAAACCGACCCGGGACUUUAUGGUGAAAGCCUCGAUCCUCCCGAAAUAUCAUUCCUCGAACGCGACAAGGCACCCUCUCCAAGUGGUCUGCAUCUCAUACUUCAAAGAAGGUUGGAAAGCCCUGGUGAGCAGUCUGACGACCCUCUUACAAAAAAUUUGGAACGGGAACAGGGUGCCGCUGCAAUGAAAUGGCUCUACCCUGAUUCCAACCCUCAAAAACCCCGUCUAGGUCUGAGCAACCUGGGAGUAUCCCAGCCCUCGUGCAACCUUCUGGUGGCAUGGCAGUUAGGUACCUUAAGGGUGCUACAGCUGAACGACGACUCUUUGAGAGCUUCCGAUGCAACACUUUUGGCUAACGUGGGGAAAAGUGCUGUAUUGUUAGGAGUCAUCAUCAUCAUCAUCAACGACAGCAUGACAUCAGUGUUCAACACCAAUGCUUCACUGCCGUACAGCCAUGACUUAUUUGAAAGCCUUAUUGUAAAGAAAAGAAUAAAGUUCUCUAGAUUUCGCUCAGUACUUGAAAUCCCCAACGAAUUAUUCACUCGUCGUCUGAAGCUACGGGGUGUCGUUGAUUCUGUAUCGUUUGAUGGGGAACUGAGAAUAAUACAUCGCCCUCGUAUGUGCUUCUUAUACAGGAGUGACGCAAAUUGUGCCCUCCCGGUCGUUUUGCCGCUAACGCACUCACGCAGAUCCAUUGAGUGGAUGCGUGCUACUUUCACCGGACAACCUCAAAUUCGUUUCGUUCCUAUCGGGUUAGAUCAUGCAAAUGGUCGUCUAGUGGCUAUGAUUUAUGUGAAACAGCGUUUCUUUUCCAAAGAUGUUGCAGUUUUCCUAUUGUCCGAAGGUCUUUCAUCCUUGUCGGAAUCGCACUUCAAAUUUUUACCUGAAACGCUACAGGAGAGUUACGAAAAAGUCCAAACCAAGGCCAUCGUGAAGAAAAAGGGAAUGUGGUGGAAAGACUCGAAGGACUCUCGCUUGAAGAUAUUUUUCCGGCGCAUGUUUCGUAGAGGCCUAUCGUUGUUCGUGGAGUCGUUUCCAGUCGUUGGUCGGACCCUUGUCCGAGCGCCUCAAUAUGGCUACUGGCUUCCAUGUAGUGUAACGCCUUCAUCACGUGAGAAGGAAGUCCGAGAACACAUGAAACAUUUCGGAUUGGCAGAGUGUGCAUUGACCAUAUUUCUAGAUAACGUCAAGUGCUUGAGCAGCGCCACUUAUGCCGCAGACCAGCAAUGGCGGUCUUCUCAGACAUUGAAGGAACCUUCUACCUUGUCGAUUGAUUAUUUCUAA